AUGCCCUCCUUCACCGAAGACCAUGCUGGCCCUGGGUCCGAAGUAGCAGACUCGCCGCCCAUUUCGGGAACGGGCCUGGACAUCCCCUCGCUGCGCAAGUCCUUGCACGCACGUGGGACCACUCCUGCCUCCCCACCUGACGCACCCUCCCUCAAGCAGUACCGCGCACCUGUGGCCAAAGUCACCGCCCGUCCUCCUAUCAAUCCCACCAUGCCUUCAGCCCUAAGCAACCACUCCAGCUUCAAGGCCGAUUCCUCCGCGAUCGAUGACACUGAGCAAUCCAACAAGCCGGCGGAAGAUCCUCAGCUGGGUCUAUUUCACCAGGUAUACGAUUGGCUGCAGCAUGAGAAGAACAGGAGACAGGCACGUAAGGCGCGACGAGCUGAGGCUGUAUCUGAGAACGCAGAAGGCACCAGUUCUAGCGUUCCAAUUGAGGACGAACGAUCGGAUGAGCCCCACCCUUGCUCUGAGAGUACCUUCUCUUUGGAUAAGCUGGAGAAGAUCCUCCUUCAGUUUGCAGGUCCUGGAAAUGCAGAUGCGCUCGGUGCCCUACAGUCCAUAAAGCGGGCAUCUCGCCGCCGCCCGAAGGGGUUGCGACGUGGAUCUGCCUCGGAAUCUGAUUAUACGGAUGUCGAAGCGCCCGUCCCGGGCGUGGAAGCUUAUCUCGACAAUUCGAAGACCCUUGCCUACAUGACGAACGAUGCCGCAGAUGAAGAUAUUACCGCUAGCAGCGCUUCUUUGAAGCGUAGCAAAGACCGCGAGGCCUGGACUACAUUUAGGACUGAGAUUGUGCGGCUUGCGCAUACGCUGCAGCUCAGGGGCUGGCGUAAGGUGCCAAUGGAAAGCGCCGAUGAAAUUGAAGUUGUUCGACUCAGCGGUGCUUUGACUAACGCCGUGUAUGUUGUGCGGCCGCCGAAGAACUUGCCUGCUCCAAAGACUGAGAAUCGAGGUGGCCCGCCAGUCUCAAGGAAGCCUCCACCGAACCUUUUGCUGCGUAUCUAUGGCCCCCAAGUGGAUCAUUUGAUCGAUCGUGAGAAGGAACUGCAAAUAUUGCGUCGUCUGGGCCGCAAGAACAUCGGACCUCGCGUGUUGGGAACUUUCCUGAACGGCCGAUUUGAAGAAUACUUCGACGCCCGCCCCUUGACACCGAAAGAGCUUCGUCUCCCUGAGACCGCAAAGCAGAUUGCCAAGCGAAUGAGAGAACUUCACGAUGGCAUCGAACUUCUCGAAGAGGAGCGAGAAGGAGGGCCUAUGAUUUUCAAAAAUUGGGAUAAAUGGGUUGACCGAUGCGAGCAAGUAACUACCUGGCUUGAUAAAGAGCUAGAAUCGCCACAAAACGAGAUCAAGGCAGCUACUGAACCGUGGCGCCGACGCGGCUUCGUCUGCGGUGUGCCAUGGGCUAUGUUCCGCAAGGCGGUGGACAACUAUCGACUUUGGCUGAUUGCUAGUUGCGGUGGCAUGGAUGAGAUCAAACGGCGGCUUGUGUUUGCUCACAACGAUACUCAAUAUGGCAACCUACUCCGCAUGGAACCUGCCUCAGAAUCGCCGCUUCUCCUUCCAGCAAACGAGCACAAGCAGCUCGUUGUUAUUGAUUUUGAGUACUCUUCGGCAAAUACUCCUGGCCAUGAGUUUGCCAACCAUUUUGAGCAACGGCGCUCCGUCUUGACCUAUCUUACUCAUCGCCCUGGAGCAGGCGCUGGUGGAUCCGCCUCGCCAGCCAUUCACGGCCGCCACGCAACUGCCAUCACGCCUCUGAGCCUCGAUGACACCCCCGACGGGCCUAGCUGGCAGCAGGUACAAUCCAAUGAAGAAGAGCUUGAGGCUAAAGUGCGUGAUCUCAUGCACCAGACCCGGCUGUGGCGAGUGAUGAACUCCGCGCAGUGGGUGGCUUGGGGUAUCGUGCAGGCAAAGGUACCAGGCAUGGAAGAGGCAAUUGCAGACCUGGCUGCUUCUGCUAAUCACGGAGCUUCGAAGAAUGGACACGAUGAGAACAAGAAUGGGGAGACCAAGAAACUCCCGGUGGACGCUGAUAUCGACGAGGAAGACUUUGACUACCUCGCUUACGCGCAGGACCGAGCCCUAUUUUUCUGGUCUGAUCUUUUGGCGAUGCAUCUGGUCAACCCAGACGAGCUGCCUCGGCCCAUGGUUGAACAUUUACGGGCGCGGGCUAUAGAUUAUUGA